GUAAUAAUCAGGUAUGGUUAACGGCAUUACGUUUCUAAUAAAAAACAAUUGUGGGUGAAAGUGAUAUAAUAAGUAAUUGUUAAAUCAGUGAUAUAUUAUUACAUAUUGGCAAAAAAUAUAACAGCCAAGUUUGUUCUGAUCUCAGUUAGCUUGUAAAUAGUACCUCUGUACAUACUGUACAAAGAAAAAGAUGAGUUCAAGUAACAGAGCCACCUCAAAAGGUGGCAAAGUGAAGCCUGAUAAAUUGCAAAAAUCAGAGAAAUCAGACAGUAAAGGGAAAGGAACUGAUAAACAGCAGCAAAGAGAUGCUAAUUCUAAAAAUGAAGAUCCCAGCAUGAAAGAUAAAGUAAAACAAUUGAUAGAAAUGUCUCAUAGAUCUGAAGAAGAAGUUUGCUUGGCUCUACAUGAAUGUGACAAUGAUGUUAAUUUGGCUAGUAAUAUGUUAUUUGAGGAAAUGCGAAUUGGUGAAUGGGAAACUAGAGUAAAAAAGAAAAAGAACAGACAAACAUCUACUGGUAAGCAAGAAAAAUCUGAUGACGCUACUCCUGUUGACGACUGGAACGAGUCUGGGCUACCUUCUACAAAUGCUGCUAGUGGAGAUAAAGACAAACCUAGAGGAGGUAAUAGGGGCGGUAGACAAAAUAAUCGUGGUUGGCGAGGUCGCGAACGCCAGGAAAAUGACCGAAAUUUGGAGGACCGCCCCCGAGGAGAUAGAGAAAGACGGGGUCGCACCGGUGGCGGUCCAAGAGGUGGAGGUGGCGGUCGUGGAGGAAGAGGAGGUGGUAGAGCGGGUGGACGAUACUUACCGAGAGGUGGUAGAAACAACAGUGGAGGAUAUAAUAAGCCCAUUGACACUUGGGAUAAUUCAAACACUUGGGACAAUAGCACAGUUGCUGUUACUAAUCAUAACACAGAAGAAACUUGGGAUGAUUUUCCUGGUGCCGAUGAAUGGUCUACAGAAGAGUAUCAAGGUAGUUUGGCAGAUACCAAGGUAUUUACUCCUAGUAAUCCACCUCCUAUGGAUCCCAUUAUUGAUCAAACAGGAGCAAUGAACUCAUUGCAAGAUCAAACAUUUGGAGGUGAUCAGUUGGUCCAGCAUAGUAUACAAUCACAAAGUCCUGUUCCACCUAUGAUGGGCAGUCUUACUGCUGCACAGACCCAAUAUUUCUCACAGCUCCAACAAAAUAAUGACAGUCUCAAUAACCAGUACCAAAAUCCAUCGUACCAGAGCCAAACAUAUGAAAAGGCUACCACCAAUCAAUACACAAACAAUACAACUCCUUACAAUAGCGCUACUGCAAAUCAAUAUGGUUCUAAUGUAACUGCUCAGUCAUAUGGUACCAAUACCCAGCAGUAUGGAGCACAGACCAGUUCAAAUCAGUAUGGCGCUGAUAAUAGCGCUUAUCAAAGCAGUGUGUAUGUCGGAACACAGGAGACACCAUCUGCUCAACAACCUGCUAGAACGAAGACUCAGCGAGCAAGGGUGCCGCCUCCUUCAAAGAUACCUGCAAGUGCCGUAGAAAUGCCUGGAGACCUUAACGCAAGCAUUGGUUAUUUGGAUGUACAGUUUGGUGCUUUGGAUAUCAUAGAUACAAAUUCAUCAUUCGAUAGUGGAAUGGAUACAAAGUACAGUGGUACAGCUCAAUCAAAUAGCUUAGAGGUACCAUCAGUAGUAACACCUGUCGCUACUACAAAUCUAGAUCUCACUUCAACUUCUGUCAAUCAAAAUUCUAACUUGGAUACAUACUCGCCGAAGACGAAUGCACAAAACAGUAUUAGCUCUGCUAUGUCACAGAGUCUUUCAAAUACAGACACCAUUCCACAAACAAGUGAUCAUUUGACUAACACAUAUAAUUCAGCACCAAGAACAACAACACAAGGUAGUACUUCAACUUCAUCAUCAGUAACUGCAACUGGUCUAGAUUUGAGCAGUAAACAACCACCUGAUACACAUUCAUAUUCACAGUCAUCUACAUACAGUUCCUACCAGCCUAAAUCAAAUACCUACAACUCUUCCACCUAUAGUGGAGUAACAACAACUGUGAGUUCUUUUGUCUCAAAUCAAGCAAGUACUUAUGCAACUAGCCAAACAGUAGCUGCAUAUAACGCCCCAAGUGGAAACACGUAUCCAAGCACUUAUUCCUCGAAUACUUCAUACCAAUCCAAUACAAAUUCGGCGGCGUUUCCAUCGAUCAGUCAGGCUAACACCUAUUCUUCGAAUACACAGUCUUAUCCACAGAAUACUAGUCAAUCAGUCUAUGGUGCUAAUACAGGCUUGAAUAACAGUUCGAGCUAUGGAAAUACGACGACCAGUCAAUAUAACAACUAUGGUUCCAGCAACAAAAUUGGAAAAGAAUCGAGCGGUUACGAUAAUAGUUCGAGUACGUCCAGCAGCAGUCAAACGACAUCUACUAGCAGUGCUACGACAACAACACCUUUAUCAUUAUCUCAAGCUGGAGUAACAACCAGUAAAACAUCUACAACAUUAGCUGCGAAAAAUUCCAACAGUAUUGUGUCAAAUAUACCACCAAGCGUCGCUCCUGUUAUGAGUAUGCCAUAUAUAGGACAGGUACCAUACUUCCAACAACCCGUAUACUCCUAUGAAGAAGUGCAGAUGUUGCAGCAAAGGCUUCCACAUAUGUUCUCGGGUGAAGUCGAUUUGGUACCAACGAAUGUGACGAACCUAUGUAUUUAUCCUACACAGACGACACCCUACUAUGAUAUGAGUUAUCAGACACCAACCACGCUGGCAGCCGUAAGGGAUGCAGCUACACUCGGUAACGUUGGAUAUUCGUUAUCAUCUGAUGGAAGGUUCGCUAGGACGGAUAAUAAUGCUUCACCAGUUCCAACGACGCUGUCGCAGCAGACUAGUACUCUAACUCAAGGACAUCAAGCGCAACCGAUAUUGGCCGGUACAGGGCCGCCGUACUUCUUUGCCACUGCUUUCAAUACCAUCGCCCCAAAUUACCAAUUUGGAGCAAUGUAUACGCAACUGCCUGCUGCUACCAAUGCGCAUGGUUCCAGUAAUAGCACUCAGUAUUCUAAACCUGCAUCAUACAACUCAGGAUAUGGCAACUACGAUUCCCUGAAUCAAUCUCAGGAUUAUUCAAAAGGCGGUUACGUCAGUAACACGCAGGGUCAAAAAAGUAGCGGACCAAGCGCUUCUUCAACUGGAUCUACAGGAACUGAUCUGUCAGCGAUGUACGCUAAAUCUCAUACAGCUUUAGGAAAAGUUAAUUCCUACGAAAAACAGGGUUUCCAUUCGGGAACGCCACCUCCAUUCACAGGAGGAAUUCAUGGCAAUCAAAGUGCAGGUUUAGCACCAAGUGGAACUGGUUUUGCUCCACAAAUGUAUAUCAGCACAAUGGCUCCUCAUCAACAGCAUCAUACAACACAUCUUAUUCAGCAACCACUUCAUCAGAUGGAUGUAAGGCACCAGAAUCGACGCAUGGAUACAGCAAAUGCCGCAGGUCAGCGUACUCAGGGGACAAAUCAGGCUAAAGCAAGCAAACAACCCUACCAGACAUCAUAUUGGAAUCAAGCUUAAAAUACGGGUACAUACACAGUUGCCUGCUCACUAAUCGCCGCAUCCCCCUCCUCUCAUAAUGAAAACCAGAAGCUGGUUCCGACUUUGUUAUUACUAUUAUUAGCUUGUAAUAAUAAUUAUUGUAUUUUUUAUUAGAAAACGUGAAAGAGUUGCAAGUUAUUUAUUUUUAGUCGUAAAGGCUUUUUUGACACUUUUUGACCUAUUGUGAAAUUUUAUAAAGUAAAACUGAAGCAGCCUGCUAUUUUUUAAAUGUUUAAAACUUUUUUUAUAUAUAUAGGGUAAACGAUAGGAUUGUUUUUACUUUAAUAAAUUUUGUGCAAUUUUUUUUCUUUUUUUGGGAAUUCGUGAGACUUAAUUUUGGCCAAUGUGAGCUUAAUUUUUAUUAGCGCGGUCAAAUAGAGUUUGUUUAUUUUAUUUUGUAUUAAAGAGAGGUCGGGUUUUUCGAUUUAAAUUGAGCAGAUGGAAGUCAAUUCAAGUAUUUCUUUUUUUUAAAUUUUGGCGAUAUAUGAAAAAUAUUUUUUUCUCAAGGAAGAUAAAUGUGCUGCUUCAAAAAUGAUUUUAUUUUUGUUAAAAAAUAACCUUUUGAAUGAUUCAAUUGUGUUUUAUUUUCAUUUUCAGUAGGUUAACUCUUUAUAUUUAAAGAAAUUGAUGUUAGAUGUUGAUUCAGGAUAAAGUCAGUAAUUCAUACUUAUAUAUAAUUUUAUUUUAAAAAAUAUUGGCAAGUUAUUAUGAUAACAAGCGAUCUCUGAGGCCUCUAAUAUGCCAUUUAAAAUAAUUACUUCGAUUGUUUAGGUAAUUCAGCGAUCCUUUUACGCCCUUCCAAAUACAAAAUUCUUUUUAGAUAUUGACAUUUUAUUCACUUUUUUUCAGAUCAGUAAUUUAUAAAUAUUAAGUGGAAGACAAUAUUAUACGAGAUAUUUUUAAGCAGAAUAUUUAUUACGAAUCCUUGGUACAAGUAUUUGGUAACUACGGAUCGGAGUAGGAAAAUUUGUAAAAUAAAAUUUUGUACUGACCCCUCCCUACGCGAAUUGUGAAGUUUUGUCUGUGCAUAUACAUCUAGUGUUAGAUGGAAUUUAAAAACAAAUUAAGUUGGUAAAAGGCUUACCGAUAGUGCACAGUUGCAUGACUGAUCUUGUAUCGGUCCAUUAGUCCUUCUAAGGAAACUGUCAGACGGUACGUUAAGGCAUCGCUUGUUCCCUUACGGGACUGUGGCUCGAAAUAAGUUUUUAAAUACAUAUAGUUAGAUUUAUUAAUUAUUAAAUUUAAAUUAUCUGUACCUAUUGCUAUUUGUAUAAAAUAUUCACUUUUAUUAUGUAAGCACUGUAUAUGUGUAGUUGUUUUUUUGUAUUUGCCAAUAACCUUUUGAAUUGAUAAGAUACACAUACAUACAUUUUCGUUUUGAGAUGUGUAUUUGUUCAUUGUAUUUUAUAUUUCUUUUUUUAUUGUAGAGAUCGACAAUGACAGGUAAUAAAAUCUAAUUUAUGUACAAAAAGUCUAAUUAUUUUUUGUAU